UAAAAAAAAAAACACUUUGGUUAGAGAGAGUGCUUGUUGGCACGAUAAAAUUUAGAUUUGUUUUUUUUUUUCUUUUCACUUUUUUGACAAUUGUAUUUAUGAAUUGUCAUUGUGUGUAUAUAAAUACAUACAUGUAAUAUUAAUUAAUCAAUUUAAUAGAGAUUUAAAAAAUUAAAAAAAAAAAACACUUGUAUGUUAUUAAAUGACUUAAGGGUUUAUUAAAAAAUUUUUUUGGAAUUGUUGGUGUGUGUUGAUUGACGUGGCUCCAAAAUAACAAAAAAAAAACCCAUUUUUUUUUCACGUAAAAAAAGUUUUAACUUGUUUUUUAAAUUGUAAUGAUCAAACAAGAGGCUUUUCAUUAAUCAAUUGUCAUCAGUUAUUGUGUGUGUCGUCAAGUAAGCAAUUAAACUAUUUGGAUAUUGGAUAUUUUACUUGAAGAAAAAAAAAGAAAAAUAAUUAUCAAAAAACAUAACCUCAUCUAUAAUUGAUAAAAAAAAAAAAAAUUUACUACAAUUAUUAAAAUAUUAAUUGAUAAAUAAUUAGGUAUUUUUAAUAAAAAAAAAAUAUAAAAUAAAAUGGUGAGAAAAAGGGUAGGUCGAAAACAAUUUGAAUCAAAUGGAUCAAAUAGCCAAGAUGACUUGGAGACAAUUGAUAAUUUUGGAAAAUACACAAGAGAUCGACUUAGAAUAAUGCUGAGGGAACGUGGAUUGUCUAUUGCUGGAAGAAAAGCUGACAUGAUAACUCGACUUGAACAACACACUAUGGAGGGAAAAACAGCAAUUAAAAGAAUAAAAGAAUCAAAUAAUUUAAAUGAUUCAAAUAAAACAAAAGCAAAUGAUGAUAAAUCAAUUAAUAAUAAAGUAAAAAAUGUUAUUGAUGAUGGUGAUAAUAUUGAUUCUGAUAAUUUAACAUUAUGGACACAUCCAAUAACAACAUUAAAUUAUUUCAUCAGAGAAUUAUUAAUUGAUACAAUUAGUUUAGCUAAAAGAACAUUUGAAUAUAAAAAAACAGUAUGGAGUUUAAUAUUUUUCAUUGGGCUAUUUUUAGUAUUAAGAAAUUUAACUGGUCCACAUCAACAGAUAAUUAAAUUAUGGGAAAAUAGUUUAAUAUGGUGGUUUUAUUGGAUUGGUCUUGGUGUAUUAUCAAGUGUUGGUCUUGGUACAGGUCUUCAUACAUUUGUACUUUAUCUUGGACCACAUAUUGCAGCAGUUACAAUGGCUGCAUAUGAAUGUGGUGGUUUAAAUUUUCCAGAACCACCAUAUCCAGAUUCAAUAUCAUGUCCUGAUACAAUUGAUCCAUUAUGGAUUGCUGGAAUAUUUAAUAUUAUGAGAAAAGUUAGAAUUGAAUCAAUGCUAUGGGGUGCUGGUACAGCACUUGGUGAAUUACCACCAUAUUUUAUGGCAAGAGCUGCUAGAAAUAGUACAAAUAAAAAUCAUGAUUAUGAUCAAGAAGAUUUAAAAGAACUUGAAGCACUUGAAGCUAUGGAAAGUGGUGAAAAUGUACCAAUAUUAAUGAGACUUAAACUUGCUAUGAAACAUUUUGUACAAAAAGCUGGAUUUUUUGGUAUUCUUGCAUGUGCAUCAAUACCAAAUCCACUAUUUGAUCUUGCUGGUUUAACAUGUGGACAUUAUAGAAUACCAUUUUGGACAUUUUUUGGUGCAACAUUAAUUGGUAAAGCUAUUGUUAAAAUGCAUAUACAACAACUUGCUGUUAUUAUUGCAUUUAAUGAAGAAUUACUUGAUAAAGUUAUUUCAUUUUUAUCUGUUAUUCCAAUUAUUGGAAAUAAAUUUCAAGGUCCAUUAAAAAAAUAUCUUGUUGAACAAAAACAUAAACUUCAUAAUCCAUCAUCAGUGGAGGGAACAACAAUGAUAUCUUGGCUAUUUGAUAAAUUUGUUAUGAUGAUGGUAUGCUACUUUGUCAUAACAAUAAUUCAUGCACUUGCUCGUAAUCAUCAUCGUAGACGUGCAAAGACAUCAUCAGAUUAAAUUCACAACAACUAGUACAAUUUUUAUUUGAUAUUAUUAUUAAUGAUAAUUAAUUAUUCAUCAUCAUCAUUAUAAUAAUAAUUUGUUUAAAAAAAAAACAUUAAAAUCACAAAUCAAGCCUACCCAAUAAUCAACAUUUAAAAAACUGUAAAUAUGUAAACAAUAUUAUACACGUUCUUUGUUCAUAACUCUUUCAUCGAUGAAAAAAAAUUAUAAUCUUUUGUAACAAUAAGAACAAUGAUUUUUUUUUUUUUUUGCUCAAAUACAGUUAUAUAAUUAAAAUGAACAAAAAGAGAUAUCCACGGGGCCAAAAAAAAAAAAUACGAAAAUUAUUUUCAAUUGAGGACACAAGUGGAUUAUUUAAUGGAGUUUAAUUAAUAAUUAGCAAAAAUAAUAUUAAUAAAUUAAUAAUUACUAC